UAAGCAAGAGUUGGCGUAAGAAAAAGGAAAAACACAAAUACGGAGGAGUAUCAACAACCCUAGCCUAGCCGGCCCGCUCUCUCAGCGAAACCCGAUUCCUCCGUCUCCGUCCGGCCGCCUCCACCAAAUCGGGUUGAUCGGCAGGGCCUUCCUAUUAGUUGGAACGAUGCCGCGGAAUCAGACCGCCGGCACGGCCUCUGGUGGAGUGCGGCCGCCGCCGAAUCAAGCCGGGGUUCGGACGCCCUUGUCGGUGGUGCCGCCGCCGAAUCAACUCGGCGAUUGGACCGCCGGCACGGUGUCCGGUGGGCAAGCCCUGCCGAAGCAGCUCCGGAAUUGGACGCCCCCUCCGCCGCUCAAGGGUCAGACGGUCGGCUCGGCCUCCGGUGGGGUCGUGCUGCCCAAGCAAGUUGGGAAUCGGACUCCCGUGUCACCGAACCAAGCCGGGAAUCGGAGGCUCGGCUCCCUCUCCGGCGGUGAGGUGCCGCCGAGGCAAGUUGGGAAUGGGUCUCCCUUGUCGGUUCCUCCGUCACCCAAGCAAGCCGGGAAUCGGAGGCUCAGCUCCCUCUCCGGUGGAAAGGUGUCGCCGAGGCAAGUUGGGAAUGGGUCUCCCUUGUCGGUUCCUCCGUCACCCAAGCAAGCCGGGAAUCGGAGGCUCAGCUCCCUCUCCGGUGGAAAGGUGUCGCCGAGGCAAGUUGGGAAUGGGUCUCCCUUGUCGGUUCCUCCGUCACCCAAGCAAGCUGGGAAUCGGAGGCUCAGCUCCCUCUCCGGUGGAAAGGUGUCGCCGAGGCAAGUUGGGAAUGGAUCUCCCUUGUCCGUACAGACGAAGCAACACGGUGAUCAGACUGUCGGUGGCACGCUCUCCUAUGAAGAACUGGUGCGGAAGCAAGUCGGGAACCGGACGCCCUCAUCGGUGGCCCUGAAGCAACACAGGGAUCAGAUGGUCGGUGGCACGCUCUCCUAUGGAGAACUGGUGCGGAAGCAAUUUGGGAACCGGAAGCCCUCAUCGGUGGCCCUGAAGCAACACAGGGAUCAGAUGGUCGGUGGCACGCUCUCCCAUGUAGAGGUGCUGCAGAGGCAAGUCAGGAACCGGACGCCCUUGUCGGUGGCCCUGAAGCAACACAGGGAUCGGACUGUCGGUGGCACAGUCUCCCAUGGAGAGGUGCUGCAGAGGCAAGUCGGGAACUGGACGCCCUCGUCGGUGCUGCCACCAACGAAUCAACGCAGGGGUCAGACGGUCAGCGGCACGGUACCUGGUGGAAAGGUGCUGCGGAAGCAAGUCGGGAACCGGACGCCCUCGUUGGUGCUGCCACCAACGAAUCAAUGCAGGGGUCAGACGGUCAGCGGCACGGUACCUGGUGGAAAGGUGCUGCGGAAGCAAGUCGGGAACCGGACGCCCUCGUCGGUGCUGCCACCAACGAAUCAACGCAGCGGUCAGACGGUCAGCGGCACAGUACCUGGUGGAAAGGUGCUGCGGAAGCAAGUCGGGGAUCGGGCAGCCUCGUCGGUGUUGCCACCAAGGAAGCAACGCAGGGAUCAGACGGUCAGCGGCACGGUACCUGGUGGAAAUGUGCUGCGGAAGCAAGUCGGGGAUCGGGCAGCCUCGUCGGUGCUGCCUCAGACGAAUCAACGUAGGGGUCAGACGGUCAGCGGCACGGUACCUGGUGGAAAGGUGCUGCCGAAGCAAGUCAGGGAUCGGGCAGCCUCGUCGGUGCUGCCACCAAGGAAGCAACGCAGGGAUCAGACGGUCAGCGGCACGGUCGCCGGUGGAGAAUCCUCAUUCCACACCCCCCAACAAGGCAGACCAGCCAGUUCUUUAAAAUCUAGUGCAUGUGCCACUCUCCGCGGCAACACUAGUUUGCAUGCUCGUAAGCCAUCUGCAGCUGCCAACAGAACUAUGGUACAAGCUAUGUCAAAGAAGAACAAGGAACUAGAAGAAGCGGAGGACGAAAUCCGAAGGCUGAACAAAUUGGGAUUGGGAGAUAAUGUCAGUUAUGAAGAGUAUUGUGCUUAUCUCAAACAGCUGCCUGACAAGCCUCAUGUCAAUAUUUCCACUAAGCUGGAUGCUCUGCAGCUCAAGGACCUCAAUGCUCGCCAUGAAAUGUAUCGCACCAAAUAUUAUCAGCUGUCACAACAUGGGCCUGAGGAUAAACUUUGCUAUGAUGAAUUGAAAGAAGACUACCCCCAUGGCAAUCGUCCUGUGGGGCAGAGAUCUUCUAAGUGCUUUGAGGACUACCCCUCUGGCAGUCGUCCUGUGGAGCAGAGAUUUUCUGAGAGCUACGAGGAAGAUGACAGAUUAGAUUGGUCUUUCCACCCUGAUUACUGCAAACUUGCUGGCCUGGAGGACUACCAACGGCUGGUCCCUCGAAAUUAUGGUGGUUUUGAGUAUGUCAAUUGGGAUGAGUACCACACGGAUUGUCAUAGUUAUAAGAUUGAACAAGAAUAUGUCAAUUUUUGUGAAGAAUUGUCCAAGAAACUUAAGUGGAUUGAAGCAUAUGUGCUAAAUAAGCCUCCAUCUCUUACGUGGAGAAAGAUUUUGACCAGAGGAACUUACCAAGCAAUCAAGAUCGCUACUGACUUCUCGGAGAUAUAUGGGGGCUUAGCCUUUUCUGGCUUCUAUGAGUGGUUAGAUAGUAUGGGUUUUGAUGUGUGCUGCUACAACGAGUUUGAUGGUCUCUAUUACGAGAUUUGGCAAAGGUACACAGUGGAGAAGAAUUUCAGAGAUGCUUUGUAUGAAGUCUAUGAACUUAACAUGUUCCCGUUACGCCAUGAAAGAAUGAGACGUGCACUGAAGAAUGACACAUUCUGCUCCGACUUGGAAGAGGAGUUUCUUGCUUGCACAGCUUGCCUUGAGGAAUUUGCAGAGGACAAAAGCCUGAUUACAGAGGAUAAAGCCCGGGAGUUGAUUGCAGAGGCACUUAGAAAGGAGACGCAGAAACCAAAGUUCUAUGAGGAUUAUUGUAGGAAGAAGAUAGAUAUUGCUCAAGCCAUUGGAUUAAUUCCCAGCGUGCUGUCUUAACUGUUGAUCUUCCUGAUACACAACAUUUCAGUUGUCGUUGGCCAAGUUAGAUAUGCAGCCUAACCGCCACUAUUAGAUAUACUAAGUAAUUGGCACGUGCCAUGCACAUAUGCAGAAUUCAAGGAAUGUAAAUUAAGAAGUUGGAUAUUUA